AUGUCUACAAAGAAGUUUAGUAGUGUAAUUUGGAAUUAUUUUGUGAUAAUAAAUGAUGAAUGUGCAAAGUGUAAAAUUUGUGAUGGAAAGUAUUCUCGUAAGGGUAAAGGCACAACUUCCUUAAAAAAUCAUUUACAAAGAAAACAUCCUCAAGAAUAUAAAUUAUUCUUUAAAGAAGACUCUGCUAAGAAGUGUAUCGACGAAAUAUCACGGCCGGGAACAUCUUCACAAACGGUAAAAAGAGAAUUUAAACAAACUUUUUUUAAAGAAUACAUGGAAAAAGCUAAAAUGUGGGAUAAUACAAACCACAAAUCUAUAAAAAUAGACUAUUUGAUUGCUGAAAUGUUAGCUUUAUCAGAUCUACCUUUUCAACACGUAGAAGAAUUAGGGUUCCGCCGAUUGAUGGACCAUAUUGUUCCAAAUUAUGUUUUAAAAGGUAGAAAGUAUUUUACGGACCUUGUUUGUAGUGAGCUGUACGAUAAAGUGUCAUUCAAAAUAAAAGACAUGUUACAAGAUUUUGAAAAAGUUUCCUUCACGUCAGAUAUCUGGUCUGACUCUUCAUCAGGAGUUUCAUUGUUAUCCUUAACAUGUCAUGGUAUUACUAAAGAUUUUCAACGAAAACAUAUCGUUUUGAAAGCGGAAGUUCUUGAAGAACGUCACACGGGAGAUUAUAUUUCGGAAAUAUUUCAAAGUAUGUUAGAAGAAUGGGGAAUUUUGAAACAAAAUGUGCACUGUAUGGUAAGAGAUGGGGGAUCCAAUAUGAAGCGCGCCUGUUAUUUAUCUGAAGUACAUAGUAUCGACUGUACAGCACAUCAGUUACAUUUGGUGGUUAAAAAUGCAAUACAAAAAGUUAAUGAAAUUUCCAUAUUACUUACAAAAUGUAGGAAAAUUGCUGGACAUUUCAAUCAUUCCACGAUGGCAAAGCAAGAAUUAGAAAAAAUACAAGUUCGACUCAAUCAAAAAGUUCUAAAAGUUUUGCAAGACUCACCAACACGCUGGAAUUCCAGCUAUUAUAUGUUGGAAAGACUUGAUUGCAUCAAGGAGUCGUUGUCGCUUUAUUCUUCUAAUAAUAAAAUAGAACAAUUUGAUGCCGAUGACUGGAUUUUAAUUCAAGAAUUAAUAAAAGUGCUGAAGCCUUUGGAAGACACUACAAAAAAAUUAAGCUCACAAAACACGUGUAUAUCUGACGUUAUUCCUCUAGUACGAGCAUUGAAUAAAAUCUAUGACGAGAAAAAUAUGCAUAUUAGUGACAUUAGUGUAUCCGCAGUUGUGACCUUUGUGUCUGCUUUGAAGAAUGAAUUAGAGUAUCGUUUUCCUGAAAUUGAUAAAAAUGUUUUGUAUCAAGUAGCCACAUUUUUAGACCCACACUACAAAGGGAAAUUCUUCAGUGAGAUUCUCAUAAAAGAAAUAAAAGAAAAAUUGCUUAGAGUUUUAGAAACUGAAGUAAAUCUUACAGCAACUACAAUCAGUACUGAAAACAAACCAAUUACUGUUAGAAAAGAACAUUGCACGAGCCUAGAAGAGUCUAUUGCUAAUAUGUUAGAUAGUGAUGAUGACGAUGAGCAAUCUGAAAAUCAAAUAUCAGAUACGAAAGCUAAUUUGCUCAUCGAAUAUAUGUCAGAAAAAAGAUUACCAAGAGAUCAAGACCAACUAAAGUAUUGGCAAAUUAACAGUAAAAAGUUUGGAAGUCUUAGUCACAUUGCUCGUACAUAUUUAUCAUCACCUGCAACAAGUAUUCCAAGUGAGCAAGUUUUCAGUGCAGCAGGAAUUGUUUAUGAUCCUCAUCGUAACAGGCUUUUGGGGGACAAAGCUGCCAAGUUACUCUUUUUGAAAUAUAAUAUACCAUUACUUAAUUUUAAUUAUGACUUA